UGACGCUAAUCCCAGGAACACUGGGGUUAGGUUGAGAAAACCUCAUAUUGCCAAUCUUAGGCGCAGUCGGUGUGUUUUUCAUGAGUCUCCGUGACAGUUGUUGACUGCUGUGAUUUCCAGGGCUACAAGGGGCGGGGAGGAGGGAGCAAACUCCACAAUGGGUAAGAAGAGCAGAGUGAAAACUCAAAAGUCGGGGAGUGGAGCUGCUACUGCUGUGUCGCCAAAGGAAAUGCUUAAUUUGAUCGGCGAGUUAUUGCAAAAGUGCAGCAACCCAAAUUCUACUCCUGGGAGAGAAUGGGAAGAGUAUGUGCAGAUCCGUGGGCUUGUUGAAAAAAUCCGCAAGAAACAGAAAGGUUUAUCUGUUGUCUUUGAUGGGAAAAGGGAAGACUAUUUUCCGGAACUAAUGGAGUGGUGUCAAGAAAAUGGAGCAUCUACUGAAGGCUUUGAAUUAACAGAGUUUCCAGAAGAGGGCUUUGGCUUGAAAUCAACUCGAGAAAUAAAGGCUGAAGAAUUAUUCCUGUGGAUUCCAAGGAAGCUUCUGAUGACUGUUGAGUCUGCAAAAAGUUCUGUUUUAGGACCUCUUUACUCGCAAGACCGGAUUUUACAAGCCAUGGGGAAUAUCACUCUGGCUUUCCAUCUGCUGUGUGAAAGAACAAACCCUGAUUCUUUCUGGUUGCCAUACAUCAAAACGCUUCCAAAUGAAUACGACACACCCCUGUAUUUUAAUGAGGAUGAGGUCCAAUAUCUUCAGUCAACCCAAGCCAUUCUUGAUGUCUUCAGCCAGUACAAGAACACAGCUCGACAGUAUGCCUAUUUCUACAAAGUCAUUCAGACCCAUCCUAAUGCCACCAAACUGCCUUUGAAGGAUUCUUUCACUUUCGAUGAUUACAGAUGGGCAGUAUCUUCUGUCAUGACAAGACAGAACCAGAUCCCAACAGAGGAUGGAUCAAGAGUUACUUUGGCGUUGAUCCCAUUAUGGGAUAUGUGUAAUCACACCAAUGGGUUGAUAACAACUGGUUACAAUUUAGAAGAUGACCGUUGUGAGUGUGUAGCACUGCAGGACUUCAAGAGUGGGGAACAGAUUUACAUAUUUUAUGGAACUCGUUCCAAUGCUGAAUUUGUUAUCCACAAUGGCUUCUUCUUUGAAAAUAACUUGCACGAUCGUGUGAAAAUAAAGCUGGGUGUCAGUAAGAGCGACCGGCUGUAUGCCAUGAAGGCUGAAGUCCUGGCUCGCGCUGGCAUCCCCACAUCCAGUGUAUUUGCAUUGCAUGUCACAGAGCCACCAAUUUCUGCCCAACUACUGGCUUUUCUUCGAGUUUUCUGCAUGGAUGAGGAUGAACUAAAAGGGCACCUAAUUGGCGAUCAUGCAAUCGAUAAAAUCUUCACUCUUGGAAACUCUGAAUUUCCUGUGAGCUGGGAGAAUGAGAUUAAACUUUGGACAUUCCUUGAAGCUAGAGCUUCUCUUCUCUUAAAAACCUAUAAAACGUCUGUUGAGGAUGAUAAUAAGGUUCUGGAACAACCGGACUUGACUUUUCAUUCAGCAAUGGCAGUUAAGCUGCGUCGGGCGGAGAAGGAGACCUUGGAAAAGGCAGUAAAAAGCGCCAGCGAUAACCGUAAGCUGUAUAGCAAAAAUUUGGAGGAAGGCACUCCACUUCCAAAAUAUGAGGAGGGCAACAUUGCUUUUGUAGAGAACAGUGUAGCAGGCUCCAAACUUCCCCUUGUUCUAGAGAGCCUAGAUGAAGAAGAUGUCAAGCUCCAAGAAGCCAUCACAAUCUCAGAGAUAACAGAAAAUGGAUUUCUUAAUGACAAAGAUUUGCUUCCCAAUGGGACCAAAUCCGAAAACGACAAUAUCCUUGCAGACGAUAAUCAUCAAGAAACGGCAAUUGCCAAAGAGUUUUGUUCCUAAACCAUCAAAGAGGCGAAAGUACAGUUGUGAAAAAAAAAAAUUGACUGUAUAUUCGAAUUAAAACCGGCGAAAGUUUGUGCA